GACGUAGCCAGUUAAAUGUCGAGAAGGAAAUGAUGAUGAUAUACAGAGUGCAGGAUUUGCUCGAAAUGUAUCUUGCUUAAAAAAACAACAUGAAGAAGACAUUUAAAAACAGGAGUUCCCAGCUAGUUAUGAAGACGUGAUAUUUAUUCAAAGAAUGUGGGGUUUCAGUUAUUUUAGCAUUCUGAGAGAAACAAAAGGAAUGCGAAACAAAAGAGUACAUACGUCAGACGCGACACACCUCACCUUUAGCAAAAAAUCGGAUCUUUAUACCAGCCUUUCCUGUUUAUUUCUGUUUGUCAGUGACUUCGCUAAGUGAAGAAUAUAUUUAUAUGUGUUUUUCGCUUUGCAUCACCGAGUUCUUUCUUUGGGGAAAAUGAAAUUAAUGUAGAAUUUUAUUUAUUAUUUUUUGUAUAUUAUUUUUCGGUUUGUUCAUGAUCACAGAGCUGCCUUUUAAAACAUCCACAGAGUUAUACCGAAAGCUUUUAAAUUAACGUGUAGUUGAUUCCAGUAUUCUUUCAUUUCUGUUGGUUGACAGUCGGAAGUUCUUCGAACGAUACAACGGUUUGUCUUUGCCUUUUUUCAUGCAAGCAACCUUGAAUUUCAUUAACUUUGGAAGCAGAAGUUUGCUUGAACCAUGGUUCUAAUUAAAGUAAGCAAUCCUUCUGUCUGGCGACAGACAAAGAGCCUCUUGUACAAGAACUUACUCAUCAAGUGGAGGACAAAACAACAGAGCCUUCAGGAAUUGAUUUUACCCCUCUUGCUGCUUGGCCUGCUGAUUCUUAUUAGCAUCUUACAUCCCCAUGUGUAUUACCAAUCUGUUGACACACAGGACCUACAGCCAAGCAGUGUUAUUGACCUGUCACAGAUGAAUGUGGGCUACACUCCUAUCAACAACGCCACCAUGCAGAUUAUGGACUAUGUUGCUCAGCACCUCGGUUUUGAAGUGGACAUGUUUCACAAUGAAAAGGACCUGGAGAAUGCAAGUUUAUAUGAUAGCCUCUACUAUGUAGGAGUGGUGUUUCAGAGCCCGCUGUCUUACCAGUUACGGUUUCACUACAGCCAAGUUCCUCAUCCCAGUGACUAUACAGACUCUAUUGAAAGCUGUUUCUCAGAAAGCAAAACCUGUAAAGCUGCAUACUACUGGAAGUCGGGAUUUAACAAAUUGCAGUCAUAUAUUGAUGCAGCCAUCAUUCAGGUAUAUACUCAUCGCUCAGUUUGGCGGGAAAUUAAGAGCUUGAGUGCAACCAUGAUGGGCCAACCAGGAUCAGUAGAAGUCCAGAAAUUCCCUCAUGCCCUAAUCUCCAUUUACCUUGUUUUGGCUUUCACUCCAUUUGUCUCCUUUUUAAUUGUUAAUGUGGCAGCUGAGAAAGAGAAGCGGCUAAAAGAUACAAUGUCCAUGAUGGGGCUGUGCGAAUCAGCAUUCUGGCUUUCAUGGGGCUUAUUGUAUGCAGUUUUAGUUUCUAGCAUGUCCAUCCUAAUGGCAAUUAUUGCUACUUGUACGUCCCUUUUCCCAAACAGCAGUUUCUUUGUCAUCUUUCUGCUCAUUUUCCUGUAUGGAAUUUCAACAAUUUUCUUCUCCUUCCUGUUAACAACACUCUUUAAGAAGCCAAAGUUUGCAAGCACAGUGGGCUCCAUGCUAACAGUGGUGUUUGGCUGUUUAUCGUUAUUCACUGUUUUGAUGAAGGACUUCCCUCAACCACUUGUGUGGGUGCUAUGCCUUUUGUCCCCCAGUGCUUUCUCAAUUGGCAUUGCUCAGGUGGUUUACUUAGAAGCUUUGACUGAUGGAGCCGUUUCCUCUACACUUGACAGUGGGCCACACCCUUUAUAUGUGCCUUUGAUAAUGCUUUUGGUGGACAGUAUCUUAUACCUUCUUCUAGCAAUCUACUUUGAACAGGUUGUCCCUGGAGAAUACGGAAGACGCCGCUCCUUAUUUUACUUUCUAAAGCCGUCUUAUUGGUCCAAACAUAAAAAGAGCUAUGAAGAGAUUGUGUCAAUGUUUGAGAGUGAAGUAAAUGGCGGACCCUUGUCCGCUGAGUCUGUUGAACCUGUUUCACCAGAGUUCAGAGGCAAGGAGGCCAUACGAAUUAUGAAUAUUCGUAAAGUCUUCAAGAAAAGAGAUGGCUUGGUAGAGGCACUGAGGGGUUUGACCUUUGAUAUUUAUGAAGGACAGAUAACAGCCUUGUUAGGGCACAGUGGAGCCGGCAAGUCAACACUGAUGAAUAUUUUGUGUGGCAUCUGCCCCUCAACUGAAGGUACUGCCACUAUUUACAGUUCAUCAGUAUCUGAGAUUGCAGAUGGCUUGGAGAUGAGGCGGUUAGUAGGCAUAUGCCCACAGUUCAACAUCAUAUUUGAUGUACUGACAGUGGAGGAGCAUCUGAGGAUCUUUGCAGCAAUUAAGGGCAUCCAACCCUCUGAUACUGAUGAAGAGGUGACAAAAGUACUGCAAAGUCUGGAUUUGCAAAAUAUCAUGGAUGCUCAGGCCAGAAACCUAAGUGGAGGCCAGAAAAGGAAACUUUCUUUGGCCAUUGCCAUUCUAGGAGAUCCUAAGGUGCUUCUGCUAGAUGAACCAACAGCAGGUAUGGAUCCUUGCUCGAGGCAUCAGGUGUGGUCUUUGUUGAAAAGUCGUAAAAAAGAACAUGUUACUGUCUUCAGCACACACUUUAUGGAUGAGGCUGACAUUCUGGCAGAUCGAAAGGCUGUAAUCUCACAGGGACUUUUAAAGUGUGUUGGAUCCUCACUAUAUCUUAAAAUGAAAUGUGGUGUUGGUUACCACCUCAGAAUGUCUGUCAAUGAGAGGUGCGAGCCUGAUCGAGUAACUUCUCUGGUCACAAAACAUGUUUCCAAAGCACAGUUGUCGAGGCAGCAAGAAGUAGAGCUUACUUACACUCUUCCAUUUGAAAACAUGGAUACAUUUUCAGGUUUGUUUUCAGAACUGGAUAGUAAUCCAGAUUUGGGAGUAGCAAGUUAUGGUGUUUCAAUGACUACCUUGGAAGAUGUUUUCCUAAAGCUGGAAGCUGAGGCAGAAAUAGAUCAAGCAGACUAUAGUGUCUUCCAUCAGGAAAAUGUGGAGGAGGAGGGAGAUGCAUCUUCUCUGGAUGACAUGGAUCAGCGACCUCUUACCUUAUCUGACACCAAAAGUGGGGCAGUUGUGGGUCACGAGUUGUGGAUACAGCAGUUCCGCACUGUUGCUUGGUUGCAUUUGCUUAAUCUGAAGAGGGAUAGAAAGCCAAUAAUCCACACCCUGGUCCUGUUCGCACUGUUCUUGGCCUCAGUGCUGGCCCUGUCUCUGAUCACUGGGCAUAUUCGUAUCAGUCCUACUUCCAGGGAAUUCUCCCCUGACUUGUACCUCCUUCACAGGAAUCAGUCCCAUCGAACAUAUUCGAGCAGUCUUUUGAUCCAAAAUGCUACAGACUCUGAUAUUGAUGAUUUUAUCCACAAUGUUGAGUCUCAGGAUAUCAAAGUUGAGUUGCUGAAAGAAGGGACAUUGAAAGAUCAAGUUUCUCAUAGUGCUGCAUUCACAAUAUUAGGCAACAGUAAGAGUUAUGAGUACAAAGCCAUUUUUAAUAGUACCAAUGUCCAUUCUCUUCCCAUGCUCGUCAACAUCCUAAGCAAUGCACUCCUACACAGCCUGAAUGGAACGGGACAAAUCCAAACCACAAGCAAACCCUUUGAAUUUCAGCUCCCUGAGGCUCUAUCAAAUGCUUUGAUCUACAUUGAAGCAGUUUUGUUGGGGAUGCUGGCUGCUGGAAUGCCUGCCUACUUUGCAAUGGAGCACACUCGGGACAGGGAGAUCAAGUGCCGUUCCCAGCUUCAAAUCUCAGGCUUGUUCCCAUCAGCAUACUGGUGUGGCCAGGCAGCCGUUGAUAUUCCUUUCUACUACACAAUCCUGAUUGCAAUGAUCAGUAUAUUGUUUGCUUUCCACUCUGGUGAGCUGUUUCACUCAAGGGCUUUGACGUCUGUGAUCCCAUGUUUAAUGGGCUAUGGGCCUGUGAUGAUUCUCUUCACAUAUGUUGUAUCUUUCUUGUUCAGUCGAGUACAGAGUAACAAGGACUUCCUCUCCAUUGUUUCAAUGUUGGUUUGUGUAGUAUCUGCCUCUUUGGUGCAGCUGACUUUGGUGAAUGAUAACCAGCUGGUGGCUACAAUUCUGCAUAACUCUCUCUGUUUCUUCAAUCCACUUUACCCACUCAUGGGUUGCCUGAACUACAUCACCAAGGAGACAUUUAUUGGCUUGGCCAGGUAUGAAGACAGUGCAAUGCUAAGGAAGAAUCUUCUGAUAACCAUUGUGUCGCCUUAUUUACAAUGCAUUAUCUUGCUAUUCUUACUCCGGUGGCUGGAGAUCCACUAUGGUGGAAAGACUAUUAAAAGUGACCAUUUGUGCAGAAUUUCUUCCAGGAAGACUAAAGCACAGAAGAACUUGGAAGAGCCAGAAGAUGAGGAUGAUGAUGUUUUAGUAGAAAGAGCAAGAGUGAAGGAAGCCCUUACUUGCCAGUGCUGUGAAGAGAAACCAGUAGUUGUGGUAAACAGCCUGCGAAAGGAAUAUAAAGGAAAGCGUGACGGCUUUGUUUUGGCCUCAAAAAAGAAGAAAGUAGCCAUUAAGAACAUCUCUUUCUGUGUUCGUAAAGGUGAAGUUUUGGGGUUAUUGGGCCCAAAUGGAGCUGGUAAAAGCACUACAGUAUACAUGUUAGCUGGAGAAACAGAGCCAACAGCAGGUCAGGUUCUAAUGGGAGAUUACUGUACAGAGUUUCAGCAGACAGAGAAUUCUUUGGAGUACAUUGGGUACUGCCCACAAGUCAAUCCCUUAUGGCCUAAAAUUACUUUGGAAGAGCACCUUCAGAUCUAUGCUGCAAUUAAAGGCAUUGGACAGAAAGAAGUCCCUGGCAUCAUUAAAAGAGUUGUGAACGCCCUGGAGCUGAAAACUCAUCUUCACAAACAAACCAAGACUCUCUCUGCCGGCAUAAAGCGAAAGCUCUGCUUUGCCCUGAGCAUGCUAGGAAAUCCUCAGAUUGUACUGCUUGAUGAGCCAUCUACAGGAAUGGACCCAAAAGCGAAGCAGAGGAUGUGGAGAGCCAUCCGGGCAGCUUUCAAAAACAGACAAAGAGGAGCAAUUCUGACCACACAUUAUAUGGAGGAGGCAGAGGCAGUGUGUGACAGGGUUGCCAUCAUGGUAUCAGGCCAAUUACGGUGCAUUGGCUCCAUUCAGCACUUGAAGGGAAAGUAUGGCUGUGGGUACAGUCUGGAGAUCAAAUUACGAGAAGAUAUGGAGUUGCAACAAGUUGCACUGCUACACAAGGAGGUACUCAGGAUCUUCCCACAUGCUGUGCGACAAGAGAGUUUUACCACUCUAAUGGUGUACAAGGUACCUAUGGAGGAUGUAAAAUCACUUGCUGUGGCUUUUUCCCAACUGGAAAAUGCAAAGCAUGUGUUUAAUUUUGAGGAGUACAAUUUCUCACAGUCUACACUAGAACAGGUUUUCAUGGAAUUUGCAAAAGAACAGGAGAAUGACAGAGAGGAGGUAGGCCCUUUAAGCACGACAUUUCAAUGGCAUCGGCUUCAGCAUGAGACUUCUGCUGGGGAUGUCUCAGCUUGAACUCAGCUGAUGGAACACAGUGUACUUUGUUGCACUAGGCCUGUUGUGUGUUAGCACGCCCAGUCUCACAGCUGUGGAUAUUGGCUCAGCCAGCUCUUGGAUUUUUGCUCAGUUACGUGAACAUUUACCAAUGCUGGAACUGCAUGGUAUGCUGGAAUUACUUUUUGUCAUUCUACUUGUCUUGGUUGUGGACUUUGCAUUCUUGAUUUCUGUGUUAUGCUGAGCCAGGUUUUCUGAAAACUGCAUCUCUUCACAAUGGAGAUCCACACAUGAAGAGAAGCCAUCAGAGCACUUGUGGGGUUAGUAGCCCUGUGUUUUUUUUUGGUUUUUUUUUAAACAGACACCUCAGAAACCGAAGAAAACAUUUUUGAGCAGGCAUUGAUAAACUCCUUUUUCAUUGAGAAAUCCUAAAAGUGACUGAUUAGAACAAGGAUGAAUGAAGGCUUCCUUACAGGUUCUCACUUGAUCUCCAAAAAUUAAAUUAUGGGAUUGAAGGUUUAAGAAGAAAGUGGGAAUUUUUAUCAUUUGUACAUUUUUGUUUUGGGGUUAUGGAAAUAUAUUCAGUCUUGUCUUAUCCCCUUAUGGCACAUUCUACUCUUUUUAUGUGUAUUGAUAGCGGGCCUUAUGCAAUUUUCUCUGUCUUUGUCAUUGCUUUGGCUACUUCCUGAAGAAGUUAUCGUAGCAGGAUGAACUUUGCAAGUAGCAACACCUAAAUCAUAAUUGUAUAAAGUCCUUGUUGUCAUGAUGCUUGAAGUUAAAUCUAAGACCUGCUUAAACCUUACUGACCACCUGUAAACAUGAGUUUUUAUCUAUGUACAUUAUUUCUAUAAUGAUAAAAUCAAAUAAUUUCAUACCAUAUGCAUGACAAGUAAAUGUAAACACAAUGUCCAGUUUCAUUUGCACAGUGACCCUAUGUCCUUUUUUCAUUUCUCCUCCUUAUUGUCAUUUACUUCUCAACAUUUUACAAACUGUUCUUUAUGUAGUGCCAGUAUGCAUUAUUCUCAAAUGUCGUCAAGCAGUGGAAGACAAGUGUUUGGUAGACUUUAUGCAACUCAGUAGUUAAGAGUACCCACUUUGAGACUUAUGCCCCUAUAACUGCAACACAGGGACCACCUGUCACCCUAAAAUUGUUUUUACACUAAAUACUAUUGUUAGAGACACUAUCAUUUCAAAAUAAUGGCCUGGAUAUUAUUUUGCUCAUAGGAAACAUUAAAUGAAUAUUCCACCCAAAAAUAGUAUUUCUUUAUAUCUUUUAUACCGCAUGUGAUUUUUAGUGAUGGCUUAGAAAAAAAUUGAUGCUUAUGUUAUCAUGCACAAUAGAGAUAAAAGUUUCUGAUAGACAGGGCAACUCAAAUAUCAAAAACACCCAUGAAAAGAUCUCGUGCUGCAUAAUCCAUGUCCUGCUAUCCAGUUGCAUGCUCACAAUGUCCAAUAUGCCUGCAUUUUUUGCUGAAGUAUUGGUAAGUAUUGUUAAAAUAUUGUUAAAUAUUGAAGACCCGCCCCUCCCCCUCAGUCAUUGGUUAAGAUCUCUAUCCGAAAAUGCAUGCUUUUGCACAUUUUAAGCAAAACAAAUGUACAAUUAGAUAUGUGGAUUAUGCAACAGAAUUAACAUGAGUUUUUUCAUGGACAGAAUUGUUUGCUGUAGUCCAGAUUUGCUCACUACAGGCACCCAUUCUAUAACAAACUUCAUCAUGAGAUUAAAAUUUUUUCUCAGCUCCCUCUAUAAACAACAAGGAAUAAAUAACGUAUCAAAAGAGUAUAAUUUUUGGGUGUAGUAUUCCUUUAGGAAAUCUGAGAGUAUAUUAGUGCUACUUCAUAAGUGAUUAUGUAUGUGUUUAUGUCUGUUAUUGUCUUCCUGUUACAUUCUUUAACAUUUUCCAGUUUGAUGUUUUGUAAAGUAAUUUAUUGUAAAUGGGAGGGGAAAGCACCAAGUGCUUCUCUUUUGUAAUUUAUUACUCAUUUAAUCAUCAGAUAGUGUAGACCCUUUGGGUUUUUACUAUCCUGGUGGCUGCUUUAAUAUUUCAUGAUCGAAAAUCAAAUUCUUUGUAAAGCAAAUAAUUAUAAUAGAGGUAUGCUACUGCCCCCCCCCCCCUUUUUUUAAUCAACAUUUCUUAAAUGAUUGCCCCUUAUUGAUGUUAAAAUAUUGGAACCAGUUUGGUCUGUACAAAGAGCAAGUCCCCAGUGUAAUGCUAUUAGCUUAAAUUAAAACUGGUUAUUCUCCUAGUUUCUAUAGUGCCUUGUGCAAAGAAACACAACAGAAGGCCGUUCCAUUGGGCUGUAUUGUCACAAGUUGCAGAUCUUCUCUGCUUUGUCAGCCUUGAAAGGCAUAUUCUAUUCUUCCUCAUGCAAUUAAUGUCACAGCACUGAGGGGAAAGAUUUGUUUAACUUGUCUUCUCAUCUAAACCAUUUUCUAAUUUUACAAUAGAGUUUUGUAUUUUUUUUAAUAGUUAUUUUAUUCUACAUUUAGGAAUUGUUUACUUUUUGUUUGUUUGCCCACCCCCAGCAUAAAAUAAGAGAUAUGGGGUAGCCUGCAGAUUUUAAAGCUACUUUACAUGUGAAGGAGAAAAAAUACUGAUUAUUAAAUAAUUACAGGACAUAUGUUUUAAAUUUAUCUUGCGUGUGAAAGUACUGUAUUAAAUAACUACUGUAUUUUGUUUUUAAUUGUUUGAUUUCAAAAGAAAUUGCACUAUUUUGGUCAGUUAUUUUGAUUAAUAAUUUCUGUAAUGGUAAUUAAUGCAAUUUGAGUACAUUAAAACUUAUGUGAUCCUGAAA